AUGACGGCGAGCAAUUGGACCAACCUGAACCCGUGUCCCCUGAACGCGUGUUGCGACGUAUGGGGCCAAUGCGGAAUCACGGACGAGCUCUGCACCGACGAUACUGCCGACACCGGAGCACCCGGUACGGCAAAGAACGGCACGAACGGAUGUAUCUCAAACUGCGGGACGAACAUCACCAACAACGAGGACAAGCCGAGCUAG